AUGUCUUCCUUUACGCACCUGAACCUCGUACCGGAGAACUUUCCGCGGCUGGACCCAGAACCCGGAGAAGCUCCGUACGGGAAUGGCGUAGGUAUGUCUUAUUCACCAUCCGUAAGCUCCAGAGGGGCGCCGUCUAUAUUCGACCGAGAGGACAUCGCCGAAGAGUAUGCAGAAAAGCGAUCCGCCGAGAUUACCCAGGCAACCUCGCAACAAGCCUCGUCGCCGGAUGAACCUAGCUCAUACGAUCUGAAGCCUCCACCGCCAUCCGUGUCUCACGCCAAUGGCGAACGGCUCGCCGAACGACUGUUCUCCAUUGAUCAUCUCGACCUGAUACUGCGCGACCACACACUUUCCCGCAACUUCACCACGUUCCUGAAUCGAUACCGCCCACUGUCGUCGCCAGUACUCGUCCGUUAUCUAGAAGCGAAGAAGGCCACGGCGGCCGUCGAGUAUGCCAACGCCGUAGCUGCUGGCUCGCUUUCGUUUGGUAGUUCGCCGGCGACUGCGGCCGCAACAGUGGACAGCCGCUUUGAGUCCCGAGCACGUCGCGCCGUCGAUGAACUCACGAGCGAUGCGUUGCCGGCCUAUAUUACCCACCAGCUGGUCAAAAUCGUUACCGAAUGUCUAGUCAAGGAGAUAACAGGGAGCAAUGCGCCUGUGAUGAGAGAGCUCGUCCAAGGGGUUGCGGAGGUGUACUGUUUGUCAGAUCCUUCCUUACCGGACAAUCCACUUGUUUACGCGUCAGAAGAAUUCUACAGGACCACACAAUAUGGCAGGGAGUACGUGAUCGGAAAGAAUUGCAGAUUUCUGCAGGGCCCCAAGACAUCCCCAUCAACGGUUUCUCGCUUCGCAGAAGCGCUGGCACAAGGUGAAGAAAUAUGCGAGACGCUUCUCAACUACCGGAGAGACGGAUCGCCGUUCCUCAAUCUUUGCUUGAUCGCACCCCUGUACGACAACAAAGGCAAGGUUCGCUACUUUCUCGGCUGCCAAGUCGAUGUAACGAAUCUCAUCGACGGCGGUCGGGGCAUGGAGUCUUUCCAGCGGCUCCUGGCAGAGGAUCGGGGAAGAAGUCGAGCUGCAAUCACUCCAAAAAGCUCGCUGAAGGCCCUCAGUGAACUCGGCGAGAUGCUCACCAACGACGAGAUGGACGUGAUACAGAACCGAGGCCGGGCUGGCAGCGCGCACUCAGGUGCGAGUACUCCGGUUCAUCCUGCUACGCGCCCAAGUCGCCGAAUAUUAGGCAUGGAGGACCAGAUAGACACGGAGCUGUGGCCGGCGGCACAUCACGGUCCAUCAGGCCGGUUACCUGGUGUAUACCAAAACUUCCUCCUCGUCCGACCUUAUCCCUCACUCCGCAUCACUUUCACCUCCGCCGCCCUACGCAUACCCGGUCUUCUCCAAUCCCGGUUCCUGGACCGCAUCGGAGGGCCCACAUCUCUCCGCGAAGGCAUCGCCGAGGCCUUCGCGAGCGGCGUCAGCGUGACUGCCAAGAUCUCCUGGCUCACGAACGUGAAUCCUGGAGACGCCACUCAAAGCAAUGUCGAGGGCCGACCUCGCUGGAUACACUGCACACCCAUGAUGGGCUCUGACGAAAAGGUCGGAGUAUGGAUGGUCGUGAUGGUGGAGAGGGAGGACAUCACCGGCUCCAUCAACGCGCACGUCCGGAAUCUGAGCAUCAGCCAACCCACGGUUGGCGCGGGGAGCAAGAAAUUUACGGGGAAUAAGCUGUAUGCGCAGUACCUACGUCGAGAGGGCCAGGGCACUGACAACGACUCCAUGAUGUCUGGCAGAGUUGGCUCGGGGAGAGCUUCUGCGUCGCCCAGGCAUCAGAGGCCGAGGGGCAUGGACGACCACUUUCGUGAUUUCUGA